CAGAGGAGUCACACAGGAGAGAAACCCUUUGAAUGUCCUUAUUGUGGAAAAAGUUUCAGUUGCUAUUCCAACCUGGUGACACACCAGAGGACUCACACAGGAGAGAAACCCUUUGAAUGUCCUUAUUGUGGAAAAAGAUUCAGUGAGAAUUCCCACCUGGUGACACACCAGAGGACUCAUACACGAGAGAAACCGUUUGAAUGUCCUGAUUGUGGGAAAAGUUUCAGUUGCUAUUCCAACCUGGUGAGACAUCAGAGUACUCACACAGGAGAGAAACCCAGGACUCACAUAGGAGAGAAACUGUUUGAAUGUCCUGAUUGUGGGAAAGGUUUCAGUGAGAAUUCCAGCCUGUUGAGAUACCAGAGGACUCACACAGGGCAGAAAUUUUUCAAAUGUCCAGUCUGUGGACAUUACUUCACUCAUAAAUCACCCCUUAUUGCACACUAG